AUGCCAAAUCCUAUACGAAUUGACAUCGUUCGAGGAGUUAAGACUCACGCAGGUGCUAAAAAGCGUUGGGUCCCUUUUGGCAAAGAGAAGAUUUUACUCCGUCAUCACGCUGGAGGACAACAUUUAGUUCGCGGUACUUCCAGUAGUACCCGAGCUAGACAGCGCCAAAUGCACGAGCCAAAGAAAUCACAGAGAAAGGCUUUAAGGAAGCUAUUGCCAAACUUUUGGUGA